AUGGGCGGGAACAUCAAAGGGAAGCCUCCUCCGCUCGAGACGCCCGCUGAUCCGCAACCAGGGGCGCAGAUCACCACGGUUCAGGGCGGAGGAGCGGGCAAGCGUGUAGUGGUGAAGGGCAAGGGUUCCACACAGGCGCCAACGCCGAGCAACAAGAAGGAGCAGAAGAAGACGGGCGGCGGGCGGCAGCGCAAGGAGGAGCCUUGCUGUCCGCAGGAGGAAUUCGAGCGCGAUGGCGCGAAGAUCAUGCUGCCGUGCGAGCUGGACCUGCGGUGCCGCGCGCUGUACCGCGCAGAGGGUCGCAUGAACCCUGUGCGCAUCAUUGACCGACGCGUGCCCGAGGGGAAGAGCAGGGACAACCCGCUGGACUACGAGUACUACGUGCACUACAUCGGGUACAACCGGCGCAUGGACGACUGGGUCGAGCUCCACGAGAUGGACUUCAGCGAGCACGAGACGAAGGCGAUGUGGGAGGAGGACGGGAAGGUGCGCGGCGUGAAGCGCAAGUGGGAGGAUCUCGAGGUGCACGACGACCACGGGGACUUCGACGCGACUGCGCUCAAGGAGCACGAGGAGUUCACCAAGGUCAAGAACGUGAGCCGCGUCGAGCUGGGCCGGCACGAGAUGGACACGUGGUACUUCUCGCCGCUGCCCCCGGAGUACCACAACUGCCGGAACCUGUACUUUUGCGAAUACGAUUUGUCGAUCUUCAAGACGCGCGCGCAGCUGAUGCGCCACAUGAAGAAGUGCGAGAUGAACCACCCGCCCGGCGACGAGAUCUACCGCAACGGCUCCGUCUCGAUGUUCGAGCUCGACGGCCGGAAGGAGCGCACCUACUGCCAGAACUUGUGCUACCUGGCCAAGCUCUUCCUCGACCACAAGACGCUCUACUACGACGUCGACCUCUUCCUGUUCUACGUCCUCUGCGAGUGCGACGAGCGCGGCGCCCACAUCGUGGGGUACUUCUCGAAAGAAAAGUGCUCCGAGGAGGGGUACAAUCUGGCGUGCAUCCUGACGCUGCCGUCGUACCAGCGCAAGGGGUACGGGAAGUUCCUCAUCUCCUUCUCGUACGAGCUCUCGAAGAUCGAGGGCCGCGUCGGGACCCCCGAGCGCCCGCUGUCGGACCUGGGGCUGGUGUCGUACCGCUCGUACUGGACGCGGAUCCUGCUCACGCUGAUCAAGGAGGCGGACGGCCCGCUGUCGAUCAAGGACAUGUCGGACACCACCGCGAUCCGCACCGCGGACAUCGUCGACACGCUGCAGCACCUUGGCAUGAUCGAGUACGCCAACGGGCAACACGUGCUCUUCGCGGACCCCGAGGCGGUGGACGCGGCGCUGAAGAAGGCCGGCAGCCUCGGCGUGCCUGUGGAUCCGCGCAAGAUCAUCUGGACGCCGUUCACCGCGGACAAGGACGGCCUGGUCCCCGCUGCGCAGCGGCAACAGUAG